ACAACUCAGAUUUCUGAUCUCGGCCAGUUUUCGUUGGUUUCCGUUUCCUCGAUCUUGCUUCAGCGGUUCAGCCUUUGUGAUCUUUAUUCGUAACGUUGCAAUAUGCCAGUCGAAUGCUGUUCGACCCGUGGUUUAAUAAACUGAUGCAUUAUUCUCAACGGAUUUCAUCGUCCACGUCGAUUUAACGUACGAGCGAGGGAGGGAGUUUACAGCCAAGAUCUUGAAGCAAGCGAGCAAUGGAAUCGGAAUCUAGACGCAAGGGACCCAGAAGUCCCAGUGCCGACUCGGACGAUUCUUCGCACGCCAGGAGAAGAAGAAAGUACGACCGGUCGCCGUCUCCGAGACGAAGCAGGUAUCGCAGGUCACGAUCCAGGGAUCGAAGAUCUCGUUCGAGCUCCAGGGACAGGAGAAGGAAGGAUUCCAGUAGGUCGCAGGAGUGGAAGCAAGUUCCACCGUCUCAGACGCAGAGUUCAAUACCGAAUCCAACCAAUUCCACUGGUUACGUGGCAGUGGUGCAUAAUCAGUACCAGGCACCUCCACCGAAUACGAGCCAGCCACCGCCACCCAUAUCAGCAUACAAUCAGGGAUACAACAACUACAGUUACAACUAUGGGUCAGGUUAUGACUACGGCUAUCAGCAACCCGCCGGAUAUCGGAGUGAUUAUCCACCGCCCAACUGGCAGGGAAGUCAAGUGCCGUAUAACAAUCAACAAGCGCCGCCGCCUCCGUCGUUGACGCCGCAACAAGAGUCAUCGAGGCCGAUUGACGGCAGCUCUUCCGGCUUAGUGACAUCUUUAACCAGACCUGAUGACGUUAAGAAAGAAGCAGCAAUCGCAGCUGAGGUGAAACAGCAGAAAGCGACGCUAGCUAAACAACGAGAAGAGUAUGUUAAGAAAUCUGCCACGCUGCAACGUGAACUGGAAAUCCUGCGUCAACAGUGUGACGAGAUAAGCAAGGAGGGCGGUCGGGAAAAUAAUCGGAUUAUAAAGGAGAAUCAAAAAUUGCAGAUCGAGAUACAAAAUAAAAUGAAAUCCAUUCACAACGUCAUCGACAUGCUCACCGGCAUUAUCGGUGACAAAGUCACCGUGGACGAUUUGAAGAGCAAGUUUAAGUCGGAAUUGAGUAAGCGUUCGAGAAGUCCGAAGGAGGACUUCCCGAAGGGGAAAUCAAUUUCGCCCGACCGGUCGUCAGCUUCCGACUCGGAUAAGGAGUCCAAAGUGGAAAGAGAUAUUAGGGAGAGAAGAUCGUCGGAGGAUAAACCCAUGUACAAUUUCGUGCACUACGAUCCUGAAAUGCAUUGGUGUAAAGUCUGCGAUAUCUUUCCUAAGACAGCAAAGGAAUAUUUAAAUCAUCUGCAUAGCAAUGAGCACAAAGAGGCUUGCUUGGAGCGCAAGAUUGUUGAUAUGCCAUGGCAUGAACGAAAUGGCGAAGGCACAGAGAAAGAGGUACCCUAUUAUCCUGGACUGCCGACGAAAAGAACACCUAUCAAAGGACUGCAAUUCUUCAGCGCAGCGACGGCUUGGUAUUGCAAGCUCUGCGACUCCUGGAUCGGGGAUCUGCACUGUGCCAGUCUUCACCUGAAGUCCAAACGACACUCCGAGAAUUUCUCGCGUUUUGUGGAACAAAAUCCGCACUGGGAAACAGAUUGGAUGGCUGAUCGAGAGAAGGCGUUUUCAGAGGAGAAACACAAGCAAAUACAGUUGGAAUUGCAGAAACAGAAGGACGAUGAGCCACCAGUGAAAUCGAAAAAGUCGAAGAAGAACAAGAAAAAAUCGAAGAAGGCCAAGAAACGCAGAAACAGAAGCAGCGCCAGCGAUACGUCCAGCGAAUCGGAGAAUUCUGAUACGGAAUCCGAUCAAGAUACCACGAAGAGUAUACGCGUGGCGAUGCGAAACAAGAUGAAAGCGUCGACGCAAGCGAUCCUGAACGAAGAGAUAGAUUAUCAUCCUAUAAAACUGAAGGGACACAGUUGGUCAAAAUCGCAAGUGAACCAGUCGCCGCAACCCGAGCAAAAUCCAUCAGAAGCGGACGACAGGCAGCUUGUGAAUUCGAUCAGGGACAAAUUGAAGGCCAAGCAGGAAGAAGAAGUAAAGAGUCGCAAGGUGAGUCAGGAGAAGAUGGAUGAUGAGAACGACUUGCAGCAAGAUGUUUAUUCAAAGAAAUCAGAGGACUUGGAGGCUUGGGGUCCGAAGGAGCCGCCCAAACCGUUCUGGAUCAAAAAGGAGGAGGAGAAGCAAUCACAGCCGAUUAUGAUAAACAAACCGAUCGAGCUGCCGAAACCGGAGGAGAUGCCAAAACCGCACAUGGGAUUCUGGACCAAGCAACAGGUGAACAUGACGGUGAAACCGCCCGAGAGUAAAUCGGUGGAGAAGGAAGAUGAUAGAGAUCGCGAUAGAGAUCGCUACAAGGACGAUCGAGAUCGUAAAUACAGCAGAUAUGAGAGGAGAAGUCGGCGAGAUAGAGAUAGAGAUCGGGACAGGGAUAGGGAUCGAGAUCGCGAUUACUACGACGAUCGUCGGAAGAGGGACAGAGACAGGGACGGCGACUCUCCUAGGCGCGAUAGAAACUGGCGCGACAGUCCCAAGAGGAGCUACGACAAGUACAGUAAGGAUAGACGCGACAACGACAACAAUUCGUCGAACGACGAAUUGAAAUUCGAGAAGAAAUCCAGCGACUCGAAGUCGAAGAAGGGUGCCGUUGCGACCAAGAAGUCCACGCCGCAAGUAGCGGCUAAAGGCAAGUUACCGUUCAUCGGUAGACUACCACUGUUCAAGAAGAAAGCGGAGGAACCGAAGCUACCGGAGAAAGACAUCACGCCGUUACCCUAUCAACAGAGCAAAUUCGAAAACACGCCAAAAGUACCCAACGAGAUCAUCAAUCCACCGGGUGUAGUGCACAUCACCAAACUGGCCACUCCACUGAGUCUGAACAACAGUAGCAGUAACGCGACGACUCCACCGACCAGCAAGGCCAGCAAUCCACCAAUGAAGAUCCUCGUAGCGCCUCCGCCGCCCGUGUUGAAUGAGAGUAAACCGUUGCAGCAGGUUGUCGACAUGGAGAUAGACGAUCAGUCCGAGGAGACGGUCAUAGAGGAGCAACUGAUAGUGGAACAGCAGAAGCAGCAGACAUCGAGCGUGUCGAAGCUACCGCUACCUCCGCACCCACCGCCGCCGCUAAAUAGGCCGCCACCUCCCUUCACUCCAACUCAGCAACAGCAGAGCAGACCACCACCGGUACAAAGCACACCGCAAUUCACGCCGACUCGACCACCCCCGCCGUUCAUGUCGAAUCCGCCGCCGUUCGUUCAGGCGCCCCCGAGGUUCCCGCCUCGUCAGACCGUGCCCUCAUUUAUGACGCAGCCACCACCGCCGCAGAUACCAAAUGCCGUCGGUUAUGUACAGAGUCAUCAAAACCCGCCGCCGCCGCCACUACCGUCGACGAUGGACUCUGCUGUGGCAGCGCCGCCGCAUUCCGACGUGGCUGACAUACCCGAACCGUCUGAGAAGCGUCCAACGGACCCUAGCAUUCCUCUGCCGGACGAUCUGCAGGAGGCUCUCAAUAUCAUCUUCCCUAAGGAGGAGACUACCGAGACCAAGCAGCAGCAGCAACAGAACCAACAUGAAUCUAGUGUCAUGUACUCUUCAAUGUACAGCAUGUUAGGCUGUGUUGGAUACGGUCCUGAAUAUAUGGAUCAACCGCCGCCUGAAAUUAUGCAGGAAGCGGAAGCAGACACCCAGCCUGGACCCGAUGAUCUUCGCAUGUUGGGCAUCGACGAAGGGGACACAAUCCUGUAAAUCGUACCUCGCAAUCGUACCAUCGCGCAAGGAUUCCGAAAUUGAUCUACGAAUUCGUAGAUUGACAAGGAGACAUCUGCUGAUAACUUACACUAAGGAUUCCUGCACCGUAAAAAUGAUCAAUUUCGUCAAUAACUAUCCGUUACGUGUUUUCAAAUUGAAUCUGUGGCACAAAAGGCAAAAGGAAAAAAGGUUUUGAGGAUUUCAAACUGUUUCGAAGAGUUGCGGGUAUGCGCACGUUCUGUAAAAAUUACUUAACGAUAUACAGUAGAACUUACGAAUCUACUAGAAUAUAAUGUUUGUUAUUUCGUUAAUACUGUAACUCUUUUUUCCUUUCGUAAGACAUGUUCCCCCGAGUUUCAUGCUAGUAUUAUUAAUUUGCGAAGAUCAUAUUGGAGAAGUCUUCUUCUAUUGUUAUUCUUUACGAUAAUUAAUAUUAUUAUCAGCAUUG